AUGCAAUCGUCAUCAACACCAACUGUCAACACCACACAUCAUCAUCAUCACCAAACCCAACCACCUCUUCUAUCGUCAUCAUCUACAACGCAAGAUCAAAUUCCUCCUGUGAACCCCACCACCACUCCAAUUCCUUCCGAAGUUACAUCAAAACCUACGUACGAAGGUUUAUUUCCAUUCCUGGAACAUGCCAAAGAAGAAGGAAUUGAAUUUUCAUGUUUUACACAUGAAUUUCUUCAUCAUUAUUGGUGGAGUUUCUUCUAUUUAAUUAUGGGUAGUUUUGGAUAUUUGGUGGGGCCAUUGUAUUGUUUUUCGAAUUUAUGGUUGAGAUAUUGGAGGAAAAUAGUAUGUGGAGUUUGUGUGACGAGGAAGAAUGUGGCAGAUCGAAUUGAAGUACUGGGAUGUUUGAUGUGUCAUCGAUUUAAUUGGCUCGGGACCAAGUAUUUGAUCAUUUCGUUGAUUUGUGUGAAAAAACAAUUUCGGCAGCAAUUUUUCGCCACAGCCAUGGUCGAUUAUUUAAUAUAUCACUUCAAAAAGCAAUUACCAUUUUCUGAAAUUGAUGUAGUGAUGGUUUCUGAUGUCGACGCCUAUGACAGUCCUUCAUGGUUUCUGUGCAAUAGAGCCAAUCUUCAAGUAUGGCCUUUCAUGCAACAAAUUAGCUGGUGGCGACUCUUCUAUCCAGCAACUCUUUUCGUUAUUCCUCAUUAUAUUCCAGGAAAAUUUAUCCGCGCAAGAAUCCUUAAUGUCACUCCAUCCAAAGUUUCAAGCCAUGAAAAUAUUCCAACAGUAACCCCUGCCAAUACCUCUUCUGGUACGACAAUUGGCAACACCACCACAAAACCACCUAUGAGCACGAUGAAAUCAAAAACUACUCGUUUCCUCGAAAAACUUUGCUAUUUUGUCAAAUCCUGUUUUUCACCACAAGGAGAACGUCGUUAUUACAUUGCUGCUGAAAAUGUUGGAUUUUACAGCUUUCUCGUUUCAACUCUCUUUGGUAUGCUCUUCCUAUUUCUCGGCAGACAAAUGGUCAAUGAUGUCUAUAAUCUCAAUAUGGUUCGACAUCAUUUGGGAGCUGGAGAAUUCCUCAAUUCAGAAGAAAACUCAAAACUCAUUUACAAACUCGUUCCAUAUCGUGAAGAGAGCCACGGUUCAGGUUCACAUUCGAUACAACACACAACCAUAUUUUCAUGGCUCUACUUGGACAUGAUGGUUGCCCUGACACUUGCAUUCGUGUUUCCAAUUACAAAAUUUGUUUGUGUGAAUUUGAGUUCUCUCUUGAUUAAGAAAAAGUUUUGUCUCUUUCGAUGUUACGAUACGAUGGCUUUCACUCUCUUUGUUCGAACAGUUUUUACAGGAUCUCCCAUUACCUUACCCUUUAUUGGAGGUUAUUAUAUUGCAGAUCCCUCCUUCAAUUACAGAACUCUGAAAGGAAGAAAAACCAUCUUCCUCAUUGGUUUGCCUUUUGUCGUGUUAUGUUUAAUGGUUCUCUUUGUGGUAACCGUUCCAUUACUCAUCUUUAGAUUUCAUGAUUAUGUGAGUACUCAAGAGCGAGAACAAGACUCGUGGUUUGUUUGGUUUUGUUGGUUGGGAUUUUUCGCAGCGUUUUAUUCACUCUUUGAAUGUUUUUGUGUGGUGUUUCCAUCGAGUGCUUCCUAUCACUUGUUGAGAUAUAGUAAGGAAAGAGAAACGGAGAACAGAGAGGAUGACUUGGACACCAGCAGUGGUGGUGGUGGUGCAGAGGUCAUGCCACAGAUUCGUGAAGAAAAGAGAGAAUAUGAAAAUUACUUGUCCUCUUACUAUAACAAUGGUUAUGGCAAGAUGCCAAAAGCGAAAAAUGUUGAGAACACCAAGUAUUCAACUGGUCACGAUUUCACUGCCGCUAAAGGAGACAAAUUGACUCCAUUAGCAAGAAUAUGGAUCGAUCGAGACAAGAGGCAAAGGAAACAACAAGCCAAAUUGGCAGCUACUUCCUCUGCAAAUGUUACUGCUGGAAAUGAGCAACGAGAAGAAAAGGAACUCGAGUCGCUUUGUCAUUUGAUUAGGGAUCAUUUUGAUUUUGAGCUCAAGUUCCACAUUAUUUGCAUGAUCCCAACCUAUACUGAGAUCAAGAAGAGACGUGACCAUCCUCACAGAAGGUUGUUCACCACUUAUUUUGGAGGAGAGGACGAAACAAUCUAUAGUAUUAGAAGAGAUCCACUUCUCGUCACUUAUCACAAAUAUCGUCUCCUUUGCAAGACUUUUAAUGUGAGAGUGCAACAUUAUCUAAUGUCAUCCCACAAUGGUUGUGAUGAAUUGAAUAUGGCAAACAUGUUGAUGCACUUGUACAAUCAAAGAACCAAUCAAAUGGAAGUUGAAGGAGAUUUAGAUUCCUUCAUGUCAAAGAUGGCUCUUUUGUUGUGUUUCAUCAAUACCAAGAAACUCUACUUGGCUAAAAAAGUUCUUGACUUUGAUCAUGAAAGUAUUUAUCAUGAAUACCCUAAGGUAUUUAAUUGCUUAAAGUCAUGCUGGAAUGAGUUGUACAAGUUGAAAACUGACGCUGAUUUAGGUGCUUUUGUAUUGAAUGGAUCCAUUCCCUACUAUCGAAUGAAUUACUAUCACCAAAAUAUUGAUGAUUCCGAUAGCGACGGUGAGGAAGAAGAUGGCAAGGAAAAGACGAAGAAAAAGGAUACGUCUUCAUCAAGAGAACAAGACGAAGAAUCUAAUGCAACAAGCAAAAAAGUGGAGCAUGACGAAAAUCUUUUCCAAGAUGUCAGUAUAAAUCGAGAUGGAGCAACUGACCAAGGUGCCACCUCUGAGACUUUGGACCUGAUUGACGAUGAAAACAAGAAUAAUAAGGAUGAUACUUUAUUGGUAUAUACCGAAGAGGAGAAUGACAUGCUUCUUGACAAUAAUGGUUUCUUAAAAGAUCGUGAAACAACAGACAAUGAAGAAGAAGAAGUAAGCGAGGAAACUCUCAUGAACGAAAUCGAUUCAAGAUCGACUUCUCACACCCUCUCAACUAAUGUUUCUUUCACAAGAAUGUUUCUUAACUCUACUCAAAAACAAGAGAUGGAGUAUCAGAAAGUUCAAAAACAAGCGGUCAAGAAUUUCAAAGGAUUACAAAUUGAAGAUGGUGAAUUUAAAGUUGAUUUUGAAAAUAAUGACUUGCAAAUCAAGAACCCAAGAGAGUUAUAUAACAAGUUUUUCCAUAAGGCUGGAGAAUUGCCAGCAAUAUACAAAUAUGAAACAUACUCAUCAUUGUCCUCAUAUUUUCAAACUAUUGCUCCGAUUUAUUCAUAUGAGACAUAUUUAUGUGCUCUUUUGAGAUUCAAGUUGCGUGUAGUUCUUCCAGCAUUAUUCAAUAAUGACUUUUAUGCUGACAACUACCAAAUCUUCCGUUCUUUAACUUUAGUGAACUUGACUUAUUGUAAUUCUUUCAACAACUUGCUGCUUCACAUUUUAAUUGAGAAUGGAAAGCAGGUACCAGAAGACAUCACUAUCAAAGAAAACGCUACUUUUAACCAAGCAUGUGGAAUUCAAGAGCUUUCUUUUGUUAACUUUACUUUUGAUCAAUUAUUGGUUAUCUUUUCAAAUGAUCGUUCAUACUAUCCAUCAUCGGGUAAUUACGACGCCUCAACAAAAGAUCCAUACGCCCUUAAGGGCUUGACUAAUUUUGCCAAAAUGGACGAGACAAAGAGAAAGUACAUUUUCUCCUCUCUCGGAAAUACUGUUUCACGUGUGAAUUUGUACUUUUACGGUGACUAUGUUUACACACUUUCACCAGAAACCUAUCUAUUCUCUAAUUUCACACCCAACAUAACCGAUCUUAGAAUCAUUGCAAAGACCAGAGAAAAUAACACCGUUGAUUCUCAAGUGAACACUGUCUGCAAUUCAUGCGUUAGUGACUUUAGUGCAGAUUAUUUCAGGAAACGUUUCCAAAAAAUCAUCAUUUUAGCUGAAGGAAAGCCUCAAAAAGAACUUGAUUGGAAGGAUGGCAACGAUGUUUCUUAUCAACAAGAUGAAGAAGGUGGUUUGAAAAAUGUCUUAUUCAAUUCAAAACUUCCUCUACUUGAAAAAGAAGCAAUACCUUCCACAACAUCAACACUGACUCUCAGAAUCAUGUUGAUGUGCCAAAUGACGAAAGAUCUGUUAAAUACCUUCCUCGAACACUCUGAUUUGGUCUUCGAAAAGUUGCCAGUUGCCAACUUCCUUCUUACUCAAUCGAAUGGUUUUCCAAUUGCUCAAAAGAAAGCCUUAAUCGAUUUAAUGUUGAAGGAACACAAAUAUCCAUUCAGUGUGAUUGACACAUUCUCAUAUGAUUUCACUGAAGAAAAACGUAUCCUUGAAGAGUAUUUGAUCCAUCUUGCAAAUUGCAACGAUGGCCGCUUGCUAGGGCUUGAAAAUAUCACUUAUGAUUCCACAUUCAGCUGGUUGAUGACCUUAAUGUAUUAUGGAUGGGAUUUCCUGAAGGAUAACAAAGUCUUUGAGGAAUUAAUGUUGGGAGCUCAAUUAAGUUGUGGCCGGCUCGGCAAUACCAGCACAGAAGGAGAAGCAUGUUCCGUCCUUUCUGAGCUUUUUAUGGCCAAGCUAUUUUAUGAGAACUUGGACACCAAGGCAUUUGUCGACUUGUUGCUGACUAAAUGCAAAUUCAGCUACAGCGGAGAUAUGGAGGAAUUGUUGACACAAGUGGAGACUGAGUGUUCUCAAAAAGAUUUCCAACUCUUGGAGAAGUGUGACAAUGAGGAUGACCAAACCAAGAGAAACCUUCAACUCUUCUUCACUUACAUUACUCGUCCAAAGAAAGAUGUUACUACCUUUGAAAAACAAGUUCUUCAGUUAACACCAGAUAAGAUCUUUGUCUUGUUGAUUAAUUCCAUCUCUGAUAGAGAUUUAAAGAAGUUCGAUACCAUUUUAACAUUGGGACAAGCAAUGAAGGACUUUAACAAAGUUUUUGACAAGACCAUUCAUAUGCAAAUCACAAAUAGAUAUCAAAAUGAUAUCUAUUCCCUCCCAACAGUCUACAAAUACGCAUCUUCUGACAUUGACAAAGUCGAUAUCGUUAACUCCAAGGCCCUUCAACUAAAAUUCACGAGAAGAAAGCAUGCCUUGAGAUUGAUAUAUGAAAAGGGUCUUGCACUCGAUCAUACUUUCUCCAUUGCUGAUCUUGACAAUGCCAUUGCUGAAUCAGAAUCGGAUACACUCGAGAUUAAUCUUUUCCUUUACUUGCUUGUCUCAGCAAGUGUACCAGUGAGUGUUGUUUUGACUGUUCUCGAACGUUUAAGUCCAGAGCAGUUAUUGUUCCAAGACUCGAACGGUAAUAACGCUCUCCACAUUGCCGUAUUGCAAUUAUUCACUUCACAAGAUCUCUAUUCACUCCUAUUGAAGAAACAACCAAAACUUGUGGACAUGGUGAACAAAGAACUAAACACACCACUCCACUUUGCUUGCUAUCAAAGCAUUGAUACCUUAUUCCUUGUUGGUAGACGAUUGGUGCAAGAAUAUAAGAGUCGAACGGACGUUGUGAAUGGUCUCGGGUUGACACCUUAUGAAGUAGCCGCUGCAAGCAUUUUGCGAGAUGUGUUGAAUGGUGGAGGUGGUGUCACAUCUUGGAGUCAUUUUGAUUUGAAUUGGCUUUUACCUCCACAGGGACUAACCAAAGAGGAAAUGUUCAAACAAAUAUUGUCCAGAAAGUAA